AUGGCCGGUGCUUUCAGUGGGCACCUUAUCGACGCACACAACCCCGGCAGUCCGUUCGACUCAUCUAUCGCUACCCAUGGAGCGAUGUCCUUCAACCCCAUGAUGCAUGGGACGCCGUACGCCCAACAGUCGUUCUCUCUCUUCAACUCCCAAUCUUCCGUUGGCGCAAACGACUCGAUAUCGGAGGAGACUGCAAAGAAGAUCGCCUCGCUGCAAGUGAAGCUCGACCAGAAACUCGGCCCAGAAUACAUCUCUCAACGGCCUGGUCCCGGCGGUGGCCCCAAGUUGACCUAUGUGGAGGGAUGGAAGAUUAUCAACCUGGCAAACGAAGUCUUCGGGUUCAACGGAUGGAGCUCCAGCAUCGUUAACCUGACAACAGACUUUGCCGACUACAGUGAAGAGACAAGAAGAUAUAGCGUUGGAGUUACGGCCGUCAUGAGGGUGACGUUGAGAGAUGGAGUGUUCCACGAGGAUGUUGGAUAUGGGAUGCUUGAGAACUCGAAGAGCAAAGGCAUGGCUCUUGACAAGUGCAAGAAAGAGGCCGUUACAGACGGUUUGAAACGUGCACUGCGAAACUUUGGAAACGUUCUUGGCAACUGCCUAUACGAUAAAACAUAUGCCUCAGAGAUUGUAAAGAUCAAGGUUGACCCUCCCAAAUUAAAGAAGGAGGAUCUCCAUCGGCGGCCCGAAUUCGACGACGUCAAACCCGAUAUUUCUUCCCUCUCUGCCUCAACCCCAAAUUCCUCGAUAUCCUCCAACCAAAACGCAUCACGAUCAUCAAACUCAAGUCGUCCGCCCGCCCAACAGCCACAACAGGCCAAACCACGCACAUUUCUACCAGCACUGGCGCAGCCAACAGCCUCUGGCUCUGGCUCGUCCUCCAGCACAUACAAUGCUAAUAAUCAACGACAAUCCGCUAUGAAUACUCGGUCUAACCUAAACGGUUCAAAUACAACCACUACCACACCAUCAUACCAUCCACAACAAAGAACUUCUACUCCUCAACCCCAAGCUCAGCCACAGCCUGAGCGGCGUGUUUCAUUCUCUGAUUCUCGAGGAACAGCCCCCCAGCAACAGCAAGCUGCAUCAGGCUCGAUCAUGAAACCCGAGCCAGACUUUGACGAUGACGAUGGCUUCGGGAUGAACGACGACGAGUUCCUCGCACUCGCGGACCUCGGGCCACCUAUUGGUGCUGAUGACUCAGACGCUGGCAGACCCAUCGACCAUGAAGAAGGCCUCUUACAGCUUCCUGAAGAGGAAGAUGACCAUGAUGAAGGUGCUAGCAUGCUCCCUAUGGAAAUGACAACGAGUAGGUCAGCACAGUCGACAGCGAACGCAAACAUGUCGAGCACGUCGACAUCGCGCCAGGAGCUUAUCGCCGCUGCUCUUCGGUCGAGCUCUGAGGGUGCUGGGCCGAGCAAUGAGGGUCAAAUACGAAACAACGCACCGUCGAGACCUGCACCUGGCCCACCUGCCUCUUCGUCAACGAUCGGUGCCUCACCGCGAUCAGUCACGUCGACCUCGACCUCGACAGCUAACUCCUCUUCUUCAUCCUCCAAUUCUAUGGGUCCUCCUCCUGUCCCUCCACAACAAAAUGCACCUCAGAACAGUAGAGCAAAUUCAUUCGCCCAACAACAGCAUCAACGGUAUAUGAACCAGAGGCAGAACACCCAGAACGCCAGUUCGUCAGCGCAUACUCACAAUCAAAACGUCAAUCCGAACCCGUCCUUGUCCUCGAGCAGCGCUAUCGGAAACGUGGUCAAGCGGGCGUCGACGCCGUCGAUAGGUGGCUUCCACUUCCCUCCUGGGAUUAAUCCACUGUCGAGCUUAGCCCCGCCUUCCUCCGUCAUUGGCAUCAAACGGCCUGCUGAAACGACAUCGUUCAGAGGCGGUCGACCAGGUAUGGGCCUGCAGCAAGCUGUUUCAGGAUUGGGCCUGGAGCAAGGCAGCGGGUCGCAGAUGGGCCACCGACAGGUUCUUGGGGCAUUGGAUAUUGGCGAGGGCGGGGACGUCAAGCGCAUUCGAAGAUGA